UCUCGCUGUUUCUCUUUCUCCCUGCUUCUGCGUGAGCAGAGCGGGUAAUAAUUGUAUCUUGUCCUGCCGGUAACAUCCAUAAUAGCAUAUCAUCAAACGCUUCAUCAGAUUUCUGCUCUACUUCACUGUGCCGAGCUAUAAUUCAUUUAUGAUGGCUGUUGACCUGCACAACCGUGAGUUAUUGCUUCCUUCGCAGUUUUUCACCGAGGAACAGGAGGGUAUUCAUUCUGUGAGCAGCAAACCGAACAGCCAAAACGGAUCUCUCUUUUCUGGCUCAUCGGAUUCUGGGUCUGAGUACUUGAGUUCGCCAGUGGAGUCUGAGGUUGGUUCGACGAAGAGCAGUGAAGAGGAAGAGGCGGGGGGAGAAGACGAUUACAUUGCCGAGUUAACUCGUAAGAUGGCUUACUACAUGUUUCAAGACGAAGAUAAACAGGAAAAGUCAUGGGAUUUGAGUGGUUCUCCUCAAUCGACACUCUGGUUGCCGUUGGGUUCGAAAGGUGAGAGUCCAAAUGGGUGGUUGAGAGAAACACUACCGCCGGUGACACCCAUGAUUGAGGGUUUUGAAAAGAUGAAGAUCAAUGAAGAAAUCCCCAAAUACAACCCCGGUAAGGGACUUUUCAGCGCAUCCAUACCAAUCCCAUUAGCUACAAGAAACCCUGAUGUCGGAUUUCAAUCCAAAAAAUCCCUCAUCGAUGAACAAAUUCGAGCUAUUCAAUUUUAUAAGCUUAAACAAGAACAGGCCAUGAAACUCAUGGAUCAAAAACGGAAGAUUAAGCAAGAUUAUCGAAGCAUAGGAAGAGUUUCCAGCGGGUUUAACAAUGGGCAGAGGGUUCCUUCUCACCCCUGCGCCGGGUGUACUCUGCAUCCACAACAGAGCAGCGGCCUGGAUGAUUCAAACAUGAGAGCUGUUGUUCUUGACACGUCUGGUUCCAAAACUGGGUCUGGUGGAACAGGGGUGUUCUUGCCCCGAAGAAUAGGAACCUCGUCCGAGACACGCAAGAAACAAAGAUGUCCCACAGUUCUUAUUCCUGCAAAAGUAGUUCAUGCCCUGAAACUCCACUUUGAGAAAAUGGGAGUUCCAUCAAGAUUAAACACUGGGGUUCCUUUGCAACAGGAUGCCCAUGUGGAUGGGAGGAACAGCAUAUCCUCACAGCAGAAACGCCACCCUUGGACGGCGCCGGCUAUCAGCCACCAAGAUUUAGAUUUAGGUCUACCUCAAGAAUGGACAUACUAGAAAAUUCAAAAUAAAAAUAGAAAGAAUCCCAUGAAGCACAUGGGAUGUUUCUUGGUUUCUUAUCCGAUACUAGUGGUGUUUGGUUGGAUUUCAUCUACUAAGAAAAGAAACGAUUCCAAGGGCAAGAGGAGAAUAAAUGAGGGAGAAGGAAGAACAAGGCAUUGGUUAAAAUUUUAGGGAAUCUUAGAGCACAGAACAAACUGAUACUUUUUUUAAUAGUUUGAGAAUAUUUACCUUGGGUUGAAAUGUAAGAUGAACCAAAUGAAAAUAACUAAGGGUUAGGGCUUGUGUCCUUCUUCUAGCUGGCUGGGUUAAGUGCUUGUGUGAAAGUAAUGUCCUUUGUCAACUUCAUGUAAUGAAUAAUAAAUAAAAUUAGCUAUAAACA